AUGCUUGACGACUUUGAUAAAGCCUGUGGAAAGAUCUUUCGAUUUGGUCUUCGACUAAAUCUCACAAAAACGAUGUUCAUGAAGAACGGAUUGGUUUCGCAUGCCCCAUUCAUGCUCAAGGGAACGAAUAUCUCCGAAUGCUCUAGUUAUAUCUGUUUAGGUCGGAAAAUCAAUAUGAUGAAGGACCUAGCUCCAGAGCUGAGCGGAAGGAAACGAGCGGCUUGGGGAGCUUUCAAGAGCAUCGAGGAUGUAGUGAAGAGAACCAAGAACAUCCGAUUCCGUGCCCACCUUUUCGACUCAACGGUACUUCCUGCUCUAACGCAUGCGUCAGAAACUUCGUCACUGCGUAAGCAGGAUGAAAAGUCACUCAGCGUUAUCGAUCGCGCAGUCGGAAGGACGAUGCUAGGAGUAUCCCGUUUCACACAAGUAGAGGAUGGGAUCAGAAGCUCCGAUCUGCGUCAACGAUCAAAAAUCAAAGAUACCGUUCUGUACGCCAAACAGUCGAAGAUAAGGUGGAGCGGACACAUAAUGCGUACGAAUGACAACCGAUGGACAAGAGCCGUUUGUGACUGGAUUCCUCGAGAUGUUUAA